CCCCCCUCCUCCUCCUUCCCCCCCCCCCGCCGCCGUGUCACAGUUCUUCGCGAAUAUGCUGCGGAACGCCGCUGCUGCCGCCGCGCUCCUCGGGAUAGUGGCGUCGCAGCUCUUCAACUUGUCAGAAUGUCUACAAAUGCCAGUCAAGCCAGACAAGGACUCCAAAGUGACGGUGUCUACUGUCCUGCCUGUGGAGGAGUGUGUUGUGUGUACAGUCAGUGGUGUGAAUGACACCCAGACCUCCUGCCACUCCUCCCUCUCUCUGGUACCUGAAGAGGAGGUCAUACUGCUCUUCAACUGCUCCCAACCUCUGGAUCAGGCUUACACCGUCAAGAUAGUUCGGAGCAUUGUAUGUACCAAGGAUGCCUGCAGCCCUGGUGAAGGAGAGACCCAGUCCUCCUUCCUCACAGAUUUUACCAGAACCAUCACCUGGGAGCUGAAGGCACCUGAAAAGACCGUUGUGGGACUGAACAUCAUCGGAGAGGGGCUCAAGGAGACGUCAGAUCCAAAGUCCUGUCCUGAUGGAUUUCAGUAUCUUGUGGAAAGAACCAAGUCGACUGGCGAGGUCCAAACUGAAGCCUACUGCAGAGGUGGCUCUGUCACCUAUUUAGAGCUGUCCAAUCAAGUCACUGUAUCUCUGCACGCUAAAUCAGAGGCAGAAGUGGAUCCCCUGUUGUUCACUGCCUAUGCCAAGCCACUACUGGAUUCACACUCUUAA